UCGUCAGUGGCCGUCCUCUGCUCGGCUUGUUGGGUCCACAACACCUCUUCUUUAUGUGAGGGACGCCGCUUCGACUCUUGACUUGACUUGGACGGGGGAGAUGUUUCGGGAAAUAACCUGGCCACUUCAGGAGUGGAGCCAAGAAGAAGUUGCAGACCGGUGAAGAGCCAUGUUAUUCCAACGUGGGAGAGGCUGUCUUCACUUUCACACGGAUGAUAAGCUACUUGAUGUUCUCGCAAAGCUAGCAAGCUAACCUGGGGAAUGUUUGUUGAAAUGAGCACGUCUUUAGCUAGCUAGUGGCAUGUUAAGGUGGCAGACCGCAAGAAAGACACACUUUGGUGUUCAAACAUGCGGAUUAAAAUAGCGUUAAUGUCGGGAAUGGGUUAUAUGAAAUGUGCAUGAUCCGGCGUUAGCUUGGGUACCAGUUUCCUUAAGGAAAGACACUUUUGUGUCCAGGCAUGUCUUCACGGAAAACAGCUAACGUUUUUCUGGUCUUUUCAAGAUAGAGUAGUAGUAUUAAGAGUAGUAUUAAGAAAAUGUACAUUGGCGGUAAAGUAAAGUUAACGCUGUAUAAAGAAAUAUAACCUCUCUGCCACCAUUAAGGCACAUUAGUAGCGUAGGACGAACUUUUGCCAGUUAAUCGACGGAAUAUCGACGAGGAGCCGAUCUGGAUGAACAUUAGAAGUCGCCCACAUGCUUUGGAUCAGUUCUCGGACUUGUGAAAGGCAUCCGAAGCAGAAGGUGGGAGAGUCGCAGCCCGGGGGAAGAUGGCGGAGCUCUCCCACAGGAGGCGGUGAAGUCAGAACUUCGGAACCUCUUGGAUUUAUCGCCACGCAACUUAAUCCACAUCAUUGGACACAUGCAGGCCAAAAAACGCUACCUAAUUUUGUUCUCCGCCGGUGUGUGUCUCAUUCUGCUGUUUUGUUUCGGAGGGAUCCAAGUCCCGCUGUCCAGGCGGGGUCUAAGCCGGCGUGAUGAGCGCAGUCCGGGGGCGCGGUGGCGUCGCUCCCCCGGGGUACUUAAACCUUUCAGGGUCUGGGAGCAGGACCCCAACGACGAUGUUAAUGAGCACAUAUCUUGGAGACAAAAGAGAGAUGCAAACUCGGGUGUUUUUUCCGGGCAGCGCUGUAGAAUGGAGACUUGUUUUGAUUUCUCCCUUUGUGAGAGGAAUGGCUUCAAAGUUUACAUUUAUCCCAAGCAAAAGGGAGAGAAGAUGUCUGAAAGCUAUCAGAACAUUUUGUCAUCUAUUGAAGGCUCCAGGUUCUUUACUCCAGACCCAAGCCGGGCCUGUUUGUUUGUCCUGGGCUUAGACACUCUGGACAGGGACCAGCUGUCACCGCAGUACGUACACAACCUGAAGGCAAAGGUCCAGAGUCUUCCUCUGUGGAAUGACGGGAAAAACCACAUCAUUUUCAACUUGUACUCCGGCACGUGGCCUGAUUACACGGAAGACCUGGGCUUUGACAUCGGCCUCUCCAUGUUGGCAAAGGCCAGCAUCAGCACAGAGAACUUUCGUCCCAACUUUGACGUUUCCAUCCCUCUUUUCUCUAAAGACCACCCCAGGACAGGAGGGGAACGGGGCUACCUUAAACACAACACAAUCCCCCCGUAUAGGAAGUACAUGCUUGUGUUCAAGGGGAAGAGAUAUUUAACUGGAAUAGGUUCCGACACAAGGAACGCCUUAUAUCAUGUGCACAAUGCAGAAGAUGUGGUCCUGCUCACCACCUGCAAGCAUGGGAAGGACUGGCAGAAGCACAAAGAUGCACGCUGCGACAAAGACAAUGCAGAAUAUGACAAGUACGACUACAGAGAGAUGCUCUACAACUCCACGUUCUGUCUCGUCCCUCGAGGACGUCGGCUGGGUUCCUUUCGCUUCUUGGAGGCAUUACAGGCAGCUUGUGUGCCGGUGAUGCUAAGUAAUGGUUGGGAGCUCCCCUUCUCCGAGAUCAUUGACUGGAACACUGCAGCUGUGAUUGGUGAUGAAAGGCUGCUGCUUCAGAUUCCCUCAACAGUUCGUUCCAUCCACCAAGAUAAGAUUCUAUCCCUCAGACAGCAGACCCAAUUCCUGUGGGAGGCCUACUUCAACUCUGUAGAGAAAAUAGUUCUGACCACACUGGAGAUAAUCCAGGACCGGGUGCUGCAGUACACCUCCAGGAGUAACCUCAUGUGGAACAGUCUGCCUGGCGGUCUCUUCGCCUUGCCCCAGUACUCCACGUACCUCGGAGACUUCCCCUUCUACUACGCUAAGCUCGGUAUCAAGCCAUACCCAAAGUUUACAGCUGUCAUUCACGUGGUGACACCACUGGUCUCCCAGUCCCAGCCAGUCAUGAAGCUGCUGGUGGCUGUAGCCAAAUCCCAGUACUGCGCACAGGUGCUAGUUGUGUGGAAUUGUGACAAAUCUCUUCCCGCCAAGCACCGCUGGCCUGUCACUUCAGUUCCUGUCAUCGUAAUAGAGGGGGAAAGCAAGGUCAUAAGCAGUCGCUUCCUUCCGUACGACACCAUCCCCACUGACGCUGUGCUCAGCCUCGAUGAGGACACCGUGCUCUCCACCACAGAGGUGGAGUUUGCUCUUACGGUGUGGCGUAGCUUCCCAGAUCGUAUUGUUGGGUACCCGGCCCGCAGCCACUUCUGGGAUAGCAACAAGGAGCGCUGGGGUUACACUUCCAAAUGGACCAAUGACUACUCCAUGGUGCUGACCGGUGCAGCCAUCUAUCACAAAUACUACCACUACCUGUACACCACGUACCUUCCCGCCAGUCUGAAGACCAUGGUGGACCAGAUGUCGAACUGUGAGGACAUUUUGAUGAACUUCCUGGUCUCGUCCGUGUCAAAGCUGCCCCCCAUCAAGGUCACCCAGAAGAAACAAUACAAGGAGACCAUGAUGGCUCAGAGCUCCCGCGCUUCCCGCUGGGCUGACCCCGACCAUUUCGCUCAGCGUCAGACUUGCAUGAACAAGUUUGCCAACUGGUUUGGCACAAUGCCACUGCUUCAUUCUCAGAUGAGGCUGGACCCAGUCCUCUUUAAAGACCAGGUGUCCAUACUGCGGAAGAAGUACAGGGACAUCGAGAGGCUAUAACCCUCCAGAGCCCCCCCCUGCUCUCUGGACACGGCUGAGAGAGUGAGGGGGGGCAUCCAUUUUUUUUCAUUGCACAAAUGGAUGAAUGGAGAAGAAAAUGAAGUGGGCAAGAAGGGUAACUACGGGCAGGUAUGGUGUCCUCUGGACUGCGUCUUUUUCCCGUUUGACCUGUCCGUCACGUAUGGGGCAGUAGCGGAGCGUGCGGCUCCGUCUCUGUUUUAGGUACAACACACUGAACACCACCUGAGGGCCUAAAACUGCCUGACUUUGAACUGGAAUUGCCAAAGUCCUGCAAUCGGAUUAAUAAUGUUUUGUUUUUUUUACCAAACUGUAAGGAACCACUCCAGCUCACUAAAGAUCGUUCUCCUCUGUAUACUAUGCACACAUUCAUGAACCUUUCUGCUGAUUAGAAUAGUUGGCAAUAUUAUAAAUAGUAUAUUAUUCAGAAUGAAGAGGUUACCACUAUUUUGGAUGUGUUUUUACGGUUCUACUCAAUUUUUAUAAGCGCUGCUGCCUCUAUUUUAAAAUGGGUGGCAGAGUAGGUGAAGAGAGGAAGGACACAACCUUCACCAAAGCUAGGAUCUUGUUCGUCACAGUGCCUCCAGUUUAGCAUUUUUAUUUGGGAGUCCAGAAAAAAAACUGUUUGGGAAAAUUAGUAUCUUGCAGCUUUUUUUUUUCUCCAUAAUUGACGAUAGUAACUAUGUCUGAUAAAAUGGAGGAGCUCACAGUUAAGAGAUUUGUAUUAUUUCAAAAACAAGAUCAUUGUUGUGUACUGUUUUCCAGUAUUAGAGCGUUAUUGCAGCCUUGAGCGUAGACGAUAUCGGUCCAAUAUCAGCACGUAUCGUACACACUUUUAGUACGUAUUUCCUAGUGUGGAAUGUUGGGAACGGCUUGAUCCAGUGAUGUUGCUAAAACGGAGAACAAAAGUCAUCAGCAGUAGAUAUUUGGACCCAACAUUUCUCAUUGCAGACAAGGGCUGAUCAUGUGAUCAUCGAGCAUCGAUUGUUAGCCAUUCCAUGGGAGAUAUUCACGUCUAGUAUAUGUUUAGGACAGCGUUGCUUGUUUGAGGGAGCCAGACGUUCUGCUACAAAUGCACGAUGCACGUGCUGAAGCCUUUUCUGAAACGGAGUGAAACAUUUUGAGAUUUUAGAUGCAGACUGAAAUAAUCUGAUGCUCCUUUUGUUGCUGAUGUUGGACCGAUAGCAGUAUCUGAUCAGGACCCCUACUUUUGGGGCCGCUUACCCACCGACUGACUAUUCUCUACCAGUUUUGGCAAUUGAGUCAAUAAUUCUGUCAUUUACCAACCUUGUGUACGACAACUGAGGGGAAGGUACUUUUGAAUCUUUUUUGGUUUGAAUAUACAAGAUCAAACCGCUGGCAAUGGACCUGUAUGUGUAACGGUUAGGGCUGCCACUGACUUAUUAUUUUAAUAACCGAUUAAUCUGAUUUGUCAAAUUUCUCUUCAUUCAGAAACGGAAGAUUUGAACUGACAGAGCACAAAACCAGGUUGCUGCUUGAAUAUUCUGUUUAUGUUCAAUAAUAGCUGUACACAAAUGCAAUCGCGAUCAUUAGUUGAUUAAUCUGAAGCUGCUUGUUUCAAUUAAUACCAUAAUUGGUUAGGCCAUAGACAUUUAGUGGUUGGGUCCGCAACAUAUCAGAACAGAGACACAAAAGGCCAUCACUGAGAAUAUUGGCUAAAUGUGGCUAAAACACAAAGAUAAUACGUCAAGGAUGACUAAGGAAAUAAAAUAUUCACAUUUGAGAGGCUGAAAUUGGAGGAAAUUGACAUAUUUAAAUCCAAAACGAUGAAUAGUUGUUGAUUAAUUGUUGCGGCUCUAGUAACAAUCACAGCAUACAUUGUCAUUUAUGCAAUACUGUCACUUUUGUUUCCACUGACGGUAAUGGCUGUCGCUCAGGUCCGAUGCUACUUCGGUGUGAUAAACCACUUCCUCUGAUUAUACCGACUCGCGUGUGUGGUGUUCACUGAACUAAUUGGUGGUUUUAGACGACAUAUUCACACCACUCAAACUGCCGACCCUGAAAAGAACAGAAUCAGGUCCCCGAUGGAAGCCGCAGAAUGUUUGCGUUAAUCAUAUGGGCGGGUUGUUAUGCAAUUGAACGUGAGGACAACACAUUGUCAUUUGACCCUGAACAUUAGUGCGUUCAUAUCAGAAGGGUUUUACGAAUCACUGCAUCAUCAAGGUAACGCUAACCAUCGAAGCCAGCAGCAUUUCAUCCUUUUUCACUUUCUACAACAUUCAACUCCAAUUUCACUUUACCCUGGUGUGUGCCAAUUGUUGUUUAUUUUUUUUUAUUAUUGUUGGUACUGUAUGGGGAAUGCCAUGUAUUCCCAUAUUUAUGGGCUUCUUUGACGUGUUUUGUUAGAAAGAGGAGCUUUCUGCUCGACAGAAUGUGCUAUUUGCUGUCCUUGUAUUUCCAAACCCAACGCUACCAAGAUGUGUGAAGAUAGGUGCAAUAUUAAUGAUGACAUCUUCGCUUUCUUUCUUUUUGUUGUUUCAGAGGCUGUUAUGUAUUAAUGUGCCUUCAGAAAAAAAUACAUUCUUCCCUAAAGCCUUGUGUGAGAACCAAGUACCAUUGUUGUGCUGCUCAUCAUUAUCCAUUCAUACUGUAUGGAAAAACUCUCCAAGUGUACUAUUUAACACUGGAAUGCUACAUCUGUUACCGACAUUCCUACUUGUUCGAAGAACAUUUCCAUGCUCCCGUGUGACUGACACUGACAUACAGUACUGUAUGUACGCCUUGUAUUACUGUAUUUGUAAGUCCCAGCUGGUUACAAGUAUAGUAAUACAUGUCACCUCAUUCUAUGUACACAUGGUACGCGUUAUUCAACAGAAUGGAGAUUUUUUUUCGCCUCUGAAUCUGCCUGCUUGUUUCACUUUCUGAAAUGCUACAAAUGUAGAGACUGAAAUGGAAAAAUCACAUUUUUGUACAAUAAUUUUCUAAAAUAAAAUGCAAAAUCAGGAAAUAAAACAUUUUAA